AUGGACAAAUUGAGAUCUUCUGCCAAGCUAAAAAUCCAUAUAGAAAGCGAAAACUUGAUCAUGUACGGCUCCCCAUCUGAAUCUGCUGGAUGUGUAUUGCGAGGAGUCAUGUCAUUGAAACUCCAAGAGCCUACAAAGAUAAAGUCAAUUUCACUGGACUUGGUUGGUAAAAUGGCUGUUACAUGGACAGAAGGUUUGGGCAAUGGCCAUGAUAGAUUAUUCCGCGACGAAAAAUCUGUGUUGCAUCAUACAUGGACAUUUCUCCCCAGGGAAACAAAGUUACAUGUUAUGAAUGCUGGCGAUUAUACCUAUGAUUUUGAGCUUGCUCUGCCUGGUGAUCUGCCUGAAUCAACUUACGUUCCCAACUUUUACACUGUACAAUAUCAUCUUAAAGCCACCAUUGAACGAUCUACCUUCAUGCCCAAUCUCAAUCUGCGCAAGAUCUUUUACGUCUCUCGUCAAUUAUUACCCCUCACAUCCGAGUUUCUAGAGCCAGUAGCUAUAUCAAACCAAUGGUCGAACAAGCUGGAUUACGAGAUCACAUUACCCAGCAAAAUUUAUACUCACGGCGAUCAAAUCCCCAUCACCAUUCGUAUCACUCCUCUUACAAACUCAUUGCGUGUACGACAUCUCUCUUGCACCCUCAAAGAAUACAUGAUCUGUCGUGCUGCUGGAUCUGCUGGGAUAUUGAAUACCCGUCCCCGAGCUCACGGUCGAGUUCUCUUUUCAACAAGAGAUGACAAAUUUGGGCGUGUCAAUAAUGCUGCUUCAACACAGUCUGAGAACUUCAUUGAAUGGACCAAAGUGCAAACCAUCCCAUUACCUACAUCUGUGAAAGAUUUGCAAUGUGAUAUUCAGAACGAAGCCAUUCGCAUCAGACACAAAAUCAAGUUUGUUUUGUCACUUAUCAAUGCAGAUGGCCAUGUUUCGGAAUUGAGAGCGGCUUUACCAAUUACCAUCUGUGCUGUCAACAAUUCUGGAUUACCUGCUUACGAAGAGGCGUGGCGUAGUUUACCGUAUGAUCCAGCUGCUUUCUUGGCUCUUCUUUAUCAAAGCAACAACGGUGGCAACAGCAUACAAAACACACAUACCCCUGUCUUGCCUUCGUAUAAUUCCAUUGUAGAUAAUUGCUCACUUGUUGCUGCCAAUGAUCCGCCCAGAUAUGAUGAUAUUCCUUGCUUGGUUUCACGUUAA